GCAACUCCACAAGGCUUUUUCAGGUCUCUCUCUUUUUUUUUCAUCACUUGAUCGGGAUUUAGUUUCUUCUUAUACGAUCUCUAAUCUGUAAUCGGUUUCGUUAAUCACAAGAUUAAUCAUUUUUGAUAUCUUAAGUACUCUCCUAUACUCAUCGUUGAGUAUUAUUUAGUUUGUUGAUUUAAUCACAACUACAUUGGUGAUUCGGGAUUUACUCUUGUUUGACCUGAUCUGUGUUCUGUGUCCCACCACAAGAUCAGGAUCAUGUCUUCUUAUAUUAGAUACAGUCCGAUGAUGUCCUAAUUGAUUGAUUAUAAUGAAAAUAUGUUUCUUUUUGUUCUUUAGUGAACCAAGAUUAUGCUUGUUUUGUGUUCUCCUUGGGAGAUUUGUGACAUGACAAAAUGUUUGUUUUUUGGGUUUGGUCUGAAACAGGAUGGGGUACCAACGAGAAGCUGAUCAUAUCAAUACUAGCUCACAGGAACGCAGCACAACGCAGCUUGAUCCGCAGCGUUUAUGCAGCUACCUACAAUGAGGAUCUUCUCAAAGCAUUAGACAAAGAGCUUUCUAGCGACUUUGAGAGAGCUGUGAUGUUGUGGACUCUUGAUCCACCAGAGAGAGAUGCUUAUUUGGCUAAAGAAUCCACCAAGAUGUUCACCAAGAACAAUUGGGUUCUUGUUGAAAUCGCUUGCACAAGGCCUGCUCUUGAGCUUAUCAAGGUCAAGCAAGCUUACCAAGCUCGAUACAAGAAAUCAAUCGAGGAAGAUGUCGCGCAACACACAUCUGGUGACCUUCGUAAGCUCUUGCUUCCUCUUGUGAGCACUUUCAGGUAUGAAGGAGAUGAUGUGAACAUGAUGCUUGCAAGAUCUGAAGCUAAGAUACUUCACGAGAAGGUCUCAGAGAAAUCUUACAGUGACGAUGACUUCAUCAGAAUCUUGACAACAAGAAGCAAAGCACAGCUCGGUGCAACACUCAACCACUACAACAACGAGUAUGGAAACGCCAUUAACAAGAACUUGAAGGAAGAGUCGGACGACAAUGACUACAUGAAACUACUAAGAGCUGUAAUCACAUGUUUGACAUACCCUGAGAAGCAUUUUGAGAAGGUUCUUCGUCUAUCAAUCAACAAAAUGGGAACAGACGAAUGGGGACUAACCCGAGUCGUGACUACACGAACUGAAGUUGACAUGGAACGCAUCAAAGAGGAAUAUCAGCGAAGAAACAGCAUUCCUUUGGACCGUGCUAUCGCCAAAGACACUUCUGGUGACUAUGAGGACAUGCUUGUUGCUCUUCUCGGACAUGGCGAUGCUUGAAACUGUUUCAACUUUCGAGUUCCUCCUUUCUCUUACUGCAUGGUUUGUUUUAAAUAAAAGAGUUGUGAAACUGGUUCUGCAACUAUUUAUCAAUGAUCGUUUGAGUUUGUUAAAUUUGAAUCAAAAUCUGUUUUUCUUUCUUUUAAAUACAAUCUAAAGCACAAACU